AUUACAUACAAAGAUCAACUGAACCUAGAACAUAGAUACGGAGACACUUGUCAUCAGGAAGGUGCUCUCUCAGCACAACGGGCAAUAUCUCAAUGACUUGACAUGUUCUGGUUGUGAAUUCAGGCUGCAAGGGGUAACUGCCUCUAAAAUGAGUCUCUCUGGGGAGAGAGAGCAGGGUGGCCAUGCCACUAAAAUGAGUAUCUCGGGGGAACAAGACACCAAAGCUAAGAGUAUAGGCCUAUAAAUAGGUCAAAGGUCAGAUGACCUGUUUUGAACAAUGGAUGCCAACAAUGGACAGCGAGCAAAAGGAGUAGGAGGGAGAGGAAGAGGACGAGGCCAAAGAAGAGAAGGAAGGAGAGGCAUCUCUAAUGAGAUUAGGGCAAAAUUUGUUGAUCAUGUGAUUAACCCCGUUUUGACCAUGAGACCUUCAGAAAUGAGAAUAGCCCAAUCAAGCAGGAGAGACCAGCCUCCCCUGUACCCAGCUGUGUGUCCAUGAAGAGUGACCGGUCUAUGGAACCUCCAAUGAAGUUUAGAGAGGGAGACUUUUCUACUGAACAAAGCCCAAUCAAGCAGGAGAGACCAACCUCCCCUGUACCAAGCUGUGUGUCCAUGAAGAGUGACUGGUCUAUGGAUCAUCCUAUGAAGUUUAGAGAGGGAGACUUUUCUACUGAACAAAGAAACCAACAGGCGAGAACAGAGUCAGAGAUUCUCAGUGGUCAGUCUUCCAAGAGUCAUCAAACAGACCUGGCCUCCAUAUUCAGUUUGCUUGAAGAGAAAAUUAUGACAUUUGUGAAGAACGAGCUGAAGAUGUUCAAGAGGGUUCUUAGUCCAGAACUCCCACAAGGCUUUGAGAGUCAGAAGCAGGAAGUGGUGGAUGCUGAAGAUGAGAAGCAGGAGAGCAGUGCCAGAGAGGGGGCUCUGAAGAUCACACUGCACGUCCUGAGGAAAAUGAACCAGAAGGAGCUUGCUGACACACUGGAGAAAUUUAAGAGCUGUCUGCCUCAUGAUGAAUGCUGUUUUAUAACAUUUAAACGCUGUAGCUAAAGUACAGCUAAAGUAGCUGUGUAACUCAAUGAUAUUGUAGCAGCCUUAACACAACACCUAGUGGCCUCAUCAAGUAGCAGCAGGGAUGUGUUGUGGUGAUUAAUUUAGGGAGAAAGACAACAUUAAUAAUACCAUCAAUAAUACCAAUCAUAAUAUAAUCAGUCACACCAGUCUGUAAUGCAUUAUGAAAACAUUUACACAUUUAUACAGUCAGUUAAAGAUAAUAAAUUAUUAUCAUUUAAAACUUUAUAACAGUCCUACAAUACUGUAGUCAUUAAAACAGAUGUAAUAUUAAUUUCCUCUGUUUUAUUUCUAGAUUCCGAUGAGCUUGCUGUGAUUUGCCAACGUGAACUCAAAUCUAAUCUCAAGAAGAAGUUUCAAUGUGUAUUUG